CCCGCUCCCCCGAUGGGAACCUAACCCCACAGUUGGCGACCUUCGGGGCAGGUCCUGAGGCUGAAUUUGGCCGAUGUCCUUAGAGCAAGGAGCCGGCCGGUGUUGCUCAGAGAGUCCGCCCGUCCCUCGGAUGCAGACAGUACGGUUUCGCGAGCCCUCGAGUGACAGUCGGUUCCCGACCGGUGUCAAAGAGGGGAUAGCGGGGGCAGAGGGAGGAGCCUGUCGGGGUCCGGGCCGGGUCCGUGGAGGGAGGAAGGAGUGGGUGGAGCGUGGGGCGGGGCCGUCCCUGCCCUCUCCCUCGCCCGCUGGCCUGCCCCAGCUCACCUCUAGUCCAGGGACAUGACCGGCACGCCUGGCGCCGCUGCCGCCCGGGAUGGCGAGGCCCCCGAGCGCUCCUCGCCCUGCAGUCUGAGCUACGAUCUCACCGGCAAGGUGAUGCUUCUGGGAGACUCAGGCGUCGGCAAAACCUGUUUCCUGAUCCAAUUCAAAGACGGGGCCUUCCUGUCCAGGACCUUCAUAGCCACGGUCGGCAUAGACUUCAGGGUGAGGUGGCUGCAGGCUCCUCCCAGCGGCAGCUCAGGGGCUGCGGCUCAGGCACGGGCUGGCCGUCCUUGCCCACCCUGGCUCCCAAGGACUCCUGCACUCACUGCCUGGAGGGCACCACAGGUGCCUCCCAGGACCACCACAGAGAACAAGGUGGUUACCGUGGAUGGUGUGAGAGUGAAGCUGCAGAUCUGGGACACCGCAGGGCAGGAGCGGUUCCGCAGCGUCACCCAUGCCUACUACCGAGAUGCCCAGGCCUUGCUCCUGCUGUAUGACAUCACCAACAAAUCUUCCUUUGACAACAUCAGGGCCUGGCUCACUGAGAUCCAUGAGUAUGCCCAGAGGGAUGUGGUGAUCAUGCUGCUAGGCAACAAGGCGGAUGUGAGCAGUGAAAGGGUGAUCCGCUCAGAAGACGGAGAAAUGCUGGCCAGGGAGUACGGCGUUCCCUUCAUGGAGACCAGUGCCAAGACCGGCAUGAACGUGGAGUUAGCCUUUCUGGCCAUUGCCAAGGAGCUGAAGUACAGGGCUGGGCGGCAAGCCAAUGAACCCAGUUUCCAGAUCCGAGACUACGUGGAGUCGCAGAAGAAGCGCCCCGGCUGCUGCUCCUUUGUGUGAAUCCCAAGGGGCUCAGAGGAGACGCUAGAGGCUCAUAGGGAUGCAGCCGUCUCUCCCAGACCUGGCUGGGGGACCCAGAGCACUGCCCUUUCACAAGGAAGCUGGACUCCAGCCCCUACCCUCGUUCUUGUAGCUUCCCUGACCCAGGGAGGGUAAAACACAUUUUCUUUCAUUGAGAUAGAAUACCAAACACGGCACCAGGGUGUCCAGAAAACUGAGACAGGGGUCUAGUGGUCCUCCCACCUAGAGGUGACAAGGGUGGUCUUACUCCAGCCUAGCUCCAGGGGAUACUGAUGCACUUCUAGGGUGAGGCUGGGGCUCUUUGUGACCUCAUCAUCACCCCCUCUUCAGCUGGAGAGAGGCUGAGCAGACCCCAGCCUUUCCGAGGGAGAAGGCCCUUGUGCUGGGUGCCAGACCAGAGCUCAGGGAAGAAAAGGGAGGGAGCCCAGCCCUGGGAAGAGCAGCGAGAAGCUGGGUCUGGCAGGCUAUGGGCUACGUCUGGCUUUACAAACCCCCAUCCUGGGACACGCCCCUGUUCCUCCAGCACACAAGCACACUGGGGCACCUGGAGAUAUUAGUCCCAGGGGAACCCCUUCCCCAAACCCCUGUCUUAUCUACCUUUCUACCUGUGUCCCAGACCCCUGAGGGGGUUAAGAAAAGGUUUUUCUUCUUGUCCCAGUCCUUGGGCAGGUACGUGGCCACACAGGCAACUUCCUCAAGCGGCUAGAGUGCUUUCUCUCUGCUGGGUUAAGAACCACAUAAAGAGAAGCCCCUGGCUCUGUGGACGGGCUGGAGGGAGAACUGCGCGAAUCUCGCCCCACGUGGAUCUCUCUAAGCAUCUCCCUAAACCCACGCUCUGCCUCCUCCUGAAUCCCAUGACCUUUUCUUUGACUUCAGCUUUCUCCUCCUGAGUCAGGUUAGAGUGGGAGGUCAUCCAUUUCUAGGUAAACCGAGGUCAUGCUGGCAAGCCUGGAGUGGGGAGAGGGGCAGCACAGAGUUCUCCUGAGGCCAAGGUCAGUUUCCCAAAGCCCUGAGUCUUCUGUUUGCAGUGGACAGAAGCUAUGCAGGGCAUGACCUAGGGGCACCUUUCCUCCAGCUCCGCAUGCCGGGGCAGGGAAGGGGAGUGAAGAGGAAGUACACACUGCACAGUUUUGAGGUCUCCGCACUUGCUUUCGAGGCAGAAACUUUGCUUUCUGAGCAACCGGCUCACACUUGGCCCGAUAAGGAAACUGCAAGGCCUCUCCCCAGGCAGAGCAGGGCGGAGCCUGACCUUUCUGGUCUCUUCAGGGCACGUGGCAGGCUGCAGGAGCCAAUCACAUAGACAGCUCAGGCCCUCUAGCAUUGUGUUUUUCAGAAUUAAAUGGCAGUAUUUUGGAAAGUA